ACCGGCCGGCGCACUCCAAGUGCUUCGAGUGCACUAACCGCGCGCCAAUAUUUCGCGAUAGCAACUCCUAAAACAAACCAAUUAAACGAAAUAAUCGAAUUACGAAAUUAUUAAAAUAUUAAUUGAGUGCCAACACUUCAAAAAUUAAAAAUAAAUAUUUAGUUCAUCAAAAUCAAAAAAAUUGAAUAUAAAAAUGUAUUGGUUCGGUUUUAUUGGUGUGCUUUUUAUGCAAAGUGUUUAUUUUGCGUGUGCCAAAGAAAAGGAUAUUUAUGACUUGCGAGAGAGGCCGAGCAAAGGAUCCAGCUGCGAUGUGGUUUUCAACAGCGAUGUCACAAAGAACGGCAGUCUUUCGAGCCCAAAUUAUCCUUCGCCGUAUCCUCCGAGGACGUCAUGUCGUUACGAGUUCCAAGGACGAGGCAAGGAGCGCGUGCAGAUCGUCUUUCACGAUUUUAAUUUGUUUCAUCCCAACGAUGACGCCAAAGAAUGCGAUAAUCACGACUCGCUGCUGGCGUUCGUGCACAUCGAUGGUCGCAUGGAAAAGAUCGAUAGCUUUUGUGGCGGCACACCGCCGAAACCACUCAUGUCGAAUGGGCCACGGCUUAAGUUGGAAUUCCAAAGCUUGUUGGCGUCAAGAUACUCGAGAGGUUUCAAGGCGUCGUACAGUUUCACUGAGAACUUUGGAAUCCGAACAGGCAUGCAAGAACCGUCAUACCCAUGUGCCUUCGUGUUCAAUAGCAACGUAAGCCGAACGGGCUACUUUCACAGCCCCAACUACCCGGGCUUCUAUCCUCGCGAUACGGAAUGCUAUUACUUUUUCCAUGGCAACGUCGGCGAAAAAGUACACUUGCACUAUAAUUAUUUCGACGUCGAGGGGGUCUUACCAUGCGAAGCGAAUUCAGCGAGUGACUACGUCGAAUUCUCCAAUUUCGUGGCGCGCGAUCGCAAAUAUCCGCGCUACUGUGGCCAAUUAAAGGAGUUCGACAUCGAAUCGGAUCGGAAAUUUUUCCGUGUCACGUUCAGAUCCAACGAUCGCCUAGACGGCACUGGCUUCAAUGCAACUUAUCAAUUCUUGAACGAAGUGGAAACGUACACAGCUAAAGCGGACUCGCCUGUUGCUGCUGCGAAAUUAAAAGGUGCGCUGGGCUCGAUGGUUUGCGCGUUGACGUUAUUACUUAGAUUUUUCACAUAAAUUUACUCCCGAUAGAACGUUAUCGAGAAAAAUUAGCGGCAAUUAUAAAAUUUUCUAGUCAAAAAUCAGUCAGAAUGAAACGUCUUUCUUGAGUCUUUCUAUAGUCGACAUACUCGUAUGCGUAAGAAUGUAAAUAAAUUAAACAAAUGACAAGAAAGAAUUGGCAAUGGAAAAUGAGAAGUGAAAACUGGCUGGAGCAAUAUUUUUCAUUUUUAUCAGCGUAACAAUUAUUAAAGUACUGAUUGUAUAAACAAACAUUCCAAUUAAAGUAAAGUGCGGGAAUACGUCCCAACUUUGAUUCGAAAAUCCUUCAAUUUGGGAAAUGGACCAAUGACGCUCGGCUGAAAGUUGAAACUACAAGUUUAACAGAAGAUCAGCAUUAAAUCUUUUUUGAAGUGUAUAUUCAACGUGAGUCAUUUUCUAGAAUUUCGAGUACGGAGUACAGAAAGGUGAAGCGAAAGUAAAUCGCGUUAUGGUAUCGAGUUUCCUGCCAUUUGCUCUCGCAUGCAGCAAUGCAGAAAUGCAGAAACGCAAUCACAUUACUCACAUGCGUCCGGGACUCCUGUUCCUCCUUCUUGAUUCUUCAUUCGUAUCUGCUGGUGGCGAGGAGGGAAUUCGAAUCUUUCGCAUUAACUCGCGAUGGAAAUCACACUGAACGAAACUUCGAAAAAGCCACGCCAAGCAACGCCAAUAAACCCGAAGAAACUCAAUUUGAAGUCUCAGGGUUUGCGCGUUCGUAAAUGGAGUUUGUACCUCGACUGCUGCCAAAAAUACGGCAAAGAAAGAGGCUGGCGGGUCGCUUUCCCGAGGCGCGAUCCUUUUCGAUGGUUGGCAAUUACGUGAGCACGAGUCGAGACGCCGCAACCAGCUGCAACCGCCACCGAUAGGUCCAAUAAAUCAUGAUUGAUGAAUGUUACACAAUGGAGCGAAGGGUAACCGAACGCAGCUAAUGCGAGAAACGUCCGCAAACAAGGAAAGUUGACUUAAUAUAAACACUGCGAAAGUAUGGCAUCGCCCAACAUUUUGUGUACAUAACGGUGCACAAUCUACAGCGCAACGCAUUGUUUUAACCGAAAUUCUAUACAUAUUUUAUUCUUUUCGAAUCGACACAAAAUGAUACCUUAAGGAGACGUAUACCUAAUAUUUCUAAAUAAUUACAUUAAAUGUAAAUCAAUAACAUAAAUGUACCACCUAUUGGAGACAAAUCCAUUUAAACAAAGACUGUUUUAAACACUUCUAACGUAUAAAAAAAACAGUUUAAGAAACAAUUGUGAGUUAUACGUAUAUACGUCAACUGCAAAUGACUAACAAGGUAUUUCUUACUUCUUGUACUUGUACGUAGACGCUGUACUUGUAGCCAGGUGUACGAGUAUUUGACGACGAUGUUAGUUUGGUUACGGAAACGCAUUUGUUUUUAUGUUUAACAACAAUAGAAAUAACAAAUGUAAUUUGUGUCAAAACAAUCAAAAUAACGUGCAUAUGAAUGUAUUUAUACCAUUGUUACCAAAAUUAUAAAUUAUGAAUUAAUAAGUUGUUCAAGGAUUGUUUUAUCAAGUUAUAUAGGUGUGUUAAAGUUAUCAUAUUUUAUCAAUUUGCGUUGUAGGUAUAAUAAUUAUGGCGAUUGUGUUUGGAUGUAUAAAAUCUAUCAUGUGUAUAUAUUAGCUAUAUUGCACACAAUAAAAACUAAAAUUUGUAAUAAAAAA